GAUCACAAGUACACACUACUGACACAACAAGUCUGUUAUCUGUACACAUCAGUAUACAUGUUGUAUCUGAUAGUGUGAUGUUUUUCUCAUUAUAUGUUUUUUUUUUAUUAGACCCUACAGGAAAAUAUUAAAAGUAACAUCACUGAUGUUAAAUGUUUUGCAUUAAACUGGCCUGACUCAGUUAAAACUGGUUUACAGCAGGUUCCUUUUCUGCAGCAUAUAAUAGACAGAAUCACAUUACAAUACAACAAAACAUAAGCUACACAAAUACUACGGAGAAAGGACAUCAGUGGGGUGAGUAAGAUAGUCUAUGCGAGUUGAAUCAGUGGUUGCAGGUUUGUCCUUUUAUUGCCUGAUACAUGCAGCAUGAGACAUCACUCUGAGGAGUUAAGAAAAUAAAAACAGAGGGAGGGCACUGAGGGACCCAGCGAUUGAGAAAUACAGGGGUGGGUGACUAACAAAACCUCAGUUAAUAGAAAGUUUGCUUCAGAGCAGGCAAAGAAAAGGGAGCUGCACAAUGAAGUGCUUCAUCUUUUUGAUACUGUUCCUGAUCUUGACUAUGGAAUCCGAGUGUUCAACAGACAACGGAUUCUUCAUCUCAGCCCCUGGAGUGUUUCAUGUGGGUGUAAAUGAGAAAGUGUUUGUCCAGAUGGGAAGGUCUCAUCUCAAUAAUCCUGUUACUCUCUACUUGGAGCAUGAGACUACCAAUACUCGUGUGUCUGUGCAGAAAACUGUUCUGUGUACAGUGGAAGGGGAGAUCAAAACAGUUGAGCUCAUGAUAGACAGAGAAAUUAUAUCAAGAUGUUCUCAAAGUCAUGAUUGUUCCUACCUUAACCUGGUGGCAGAGAGCCCCUCCUUCAGUAGCAGGAAGGCAACAAGGGUCUUUGUGUCAAAACGCAGGGGCAAUAUCUUCAUUCAGACUGAUCAGCCAAUCUACAGCCCAGCACAAGCAGUGAAGUACAGGAUAUUCACUCUUGACCACACAUUCAGGCCUCAUGAGGAAGUGUUCCUCAUAUCAGUAUUUAACGCUGCUGGAAACAGAAUAAUGAAGUCCCUUAAAUCUGCGAAGGGAGGAAUACUCAGAGGCACAUUCCCCAUACCUGAUGUCUCUAAAACGGGCAUGUGGAAGAUUACAGCAAACUAUGAAGAUGAUGAAGCAAAUGUUGCUUCCCGAGAGUUCAGGGUCCAAAAAUUUGUUUUACCAAGUUUUGAGGUGAACAUCGCAAUGGAGCAGAGCUAUAUUUUAUUGAAUGAUAACCAGUUUGACUUCAAAAUCUUAGCCAUGUAUUUACAUGGGGAGAAAGUUAAAGGUGCUUACCACUGCCAGUUUGGAGUGGUAAAAAAAGAUACAAGUGGUCAAAAAAUGAAGCCUUUCUUUAUCAGUGGACUGGAGUUGACUGGUUCGAUCCCAAAUGAAACUGCAACAACUUCUCUCAAGAUGGCAGACUUCAAAGAGCACCUCCAAAAACAGCAGAACCAAACCCUCUCUAAAUUACAGCAAAGUGGAGCACAACUCUACUUGGGAGUAUUUGUCACCAACAUACAAAGUGGUGAAAUACAAGUGGAAGAAGUUUACAUUCCUAUCAUCUCCCACAAAUACACCAUUGACCUCUCUCGGACUCGCUCAUAUUUCCUUCCUGGAUAUCCUCUAGAUGUGGUGGUCGUCCUGCGUCUCCCAGAUGGCUCCCCAGCAGCUGGAGUGCCAGUAAAGAUUGAUGUAGCAGCAUCUUCAGAGAAAUUUUGGCAAGGCACCACCAACCAGGAGGGGGCAGUGUUUCCUGUGUUUAAUAUUCUCAAUGAAGCUCAGAUUACUGUUGAAGUGUCAGCAGAUGACCAGAUGGAGAGGAAAGUAAUUCGCCGAGCUUCAUCUCCAAGUGGCAGCUACCUUUACCUGAGUAUUACCAACAAGAUGUACUCUGUGGGCGAGUUACUGUCUGUAAAUUACAACACCAUGAAUGGCCAAAAACAUGGGUUUAUAUAUUACAUGGUCUUAAGCCGUGGGAUCCUAAUAAAACACGGUUCUCUCAGAAUCGGUACUUCAGUUAAAGACAACCUACAGAUAACGCCUGAUAUGGUGCCAUCCUUCCGUCUGAUUGGCUACUACUACGAUCAGCAUGGUAACAUCGUUGCUGACUCGGUGUGGGUAGAUGUCAGGGAUGAAUGUGAGAUAAAGGUCAAGGUAGAACAUAACGGACAAUUUGAACCUGGACAACAGGCUACGCUAGAUUUUGAUUUACAUGGUCAGAAAGCCAGAGUGGCUUUGCUGGCUGUGGAUAAGGCCUUCUAUGCUCUCAAUGCCGAUAAUAAACUCACAGCCAAACAGGUGUUUUCCUCAAUGCAGUCAAAUGACUUUGGUUGCUCAUACAGUGGAGGAUCUGACCCUGCAUCUGUACUAACAGAGGCUGGCCUGUCUUUUGUAUCUCAGCACCAGUCAGGGUCUAAAAGGAGCAGUGACUGUGAUUCCCAAUCUGCACGACAAAGACGCUCUGUGGACCUUCAACAGGAAAUGAUGACCUUAAAAUCCAACUUUUCCAAUGAAAAGUUGCAAGACUGUUGUGUUCAAGGGUUUUACCUCAACCCUAUGAAACGAACAUGUCAGGAAAGAGCUAAGAGAGUCUCUCUGGUCGAGGAAAAUCCUGUUUGUGCAGAAGCCUUUUUAAAAUGCUGCCUUGAAGGAGAACGUCUGAGACAAAAGAAGAUACAAGAGGAUUCCCUGAAAGGAUUUGGCAGGACGGCAAGCACUGCUGACAUUGAAGAAUUCUUCUUGGACACAGUUUCGCAGAACAUUCGACGAUUUUUCCCCCCAAGCUUUGCAUUCACAGAAUUUGAUGUUAAUGACAAAAGACGUUAUUCGUUGGCCUUACCUGACUCCAUCACCACGUGGGAGAUUCAAGUUCUCACUUUAUCUGCAGCCACUGGUUUCUGUGUAGUUAAGGCACCGGAGGUCAAAGCAUUUAAGAGGGCAUUUGUGUCUCUGAGACUGCCUUACUCUGUGAAAAAAUACGAGCAACUAUCCAUUUCGCCUGUUAUCUACAACUAUGGCUCUGACAGCCUACAGGUAGCAGUUCAUAUGGAACAAACUGAAGGACUUUGCUCCCCCGGAUCAGCCACCACUACAUCUUUUGUCAACAUUACUGUGGAGCCACAGUCUUCCCAGUUUGUGUCCUUCUCGGCUGUCCCCAUGGUAACCGGCUCCAUACCCAUCAAAAUACGUCUCUAUGAUAUAGAGAAUGGAUGGGGGAUAGAUGCAGUUGAGAAGGCUUUGAAUGUGUUGACAGAAGGACUAGAAAAGAGAGUUGAACUAACCAAGGUGUUUAAAUUCGAUGGGAGGAGCAGUCAGACUAUCGCUAUUGAUGGAACUUUACCAGAUGACAUAGUGCCCGACUCCAACUCCAAUAUUUUCAUUUCAAUGGAAGGAGAUGGAUUUGGCAGUUCACAUGCGAAAAACCUUCUUUCUCCUGAGAAGGUUGCUAGCCUGAUUGUAUUGCCUAAAGGAUGUUUAGAACAGACAAUGGUACGACUGGCCCCUACAGCUAUAGCCGUCCGCUACCUUGACCUGAGUGAGCAAUGGUUUGACCUGCCUGCUGGUGCCAGAGAUGAUGCUCUUGAUAAAGUUGAGGAAGGUUAUAUACAUAUUUUAACCAAGAAAAAUGACAAUGGAUCUUAUGGAUCAUGGAGUUCAGUGCCAUCCAGUAAUUGGGUGACUGCCCUUGUAGUGAAAGUGCUAUCGUUGGUGGCGGCGCGUCAGACAGCGGCUUUUGGAGUGCAGGGCAGGAAGGCUAGGGUUGUACCAGAAGAAGAAAUCAGGCGCCCAGUCAGUUACUUGCUCUCAGUACAGAAGUCUGAUGGGUCAUUUGGUGACCCACAUCCAGUGCUACACAGAGGAGUUUUGAAAGGAAGAGACGAAGACUCAUCCAUGACGGCUUUCAUAACUCUUGCACUUCACCGGUCCCUUCAAUUCCUGCAAACUGAAGGGAGAAAUAAUGUGGAAGCAAGCAUUUCAAGAUCAACAGCAUAUCUCCUGUCACACCUUGAAGAGCUUCAGCAUCCCUAUGCUGUUGCCAUUACAGCCUACUGCCUUGCUGCUUGUCUGCCAAAGGAAACAGAUCAUUCAUCUGCCUGGACAAAACUUCAAGCCCUGGCUAGUGAAGGGAAUAAUGGCUGUUAUCUGUGGACAACUGAUGCCAACCAGAAUCGUGAGAGGGCAGAUGUCAUCACAGUAGAGACUACAGCCUAUGCCCUCCUAACAGCAGUGGAACUUGGGCAUACCGAGUGGGCAGACAAAGCAGCCUGCUGGUUAACCACCCAAGAAAACUAUUUUGGAGGCUACAAAUCAACACAGGAUACCAUCAUGGCAUUGGAAGCCCUUGCGGAGUAUGAGCUAAAGAGGUCUGUCAGUCCUGAAGCAAAUCUAAUUGCAGAGUUCACCGUUCCAGGAAAAAAAGACAUUGUAAAGCUUGUGCUGGAAAAUAAGAAGGAGAAGGUGGAAACAGACCUUAAGAAACUUACAGGGAACAACAUUGUUGUGCAAUUGACAGGAAAAGGCAAUACCAAGCUAAAAGUUGUGAAGGCUUACCAUCUACUGGAUCCCAAGGACGAUUGUAACGAAGUGUCUAUCAGCGUCACAGUGGAGGGGAAAGUGAAGUACACUGCUAAGGUGAUAGAAAAUUAUGAAUAUUAUGAUGACUACGAUAAUGACGAGGAGAAGGAGGCACGAGUGCCACGAUCAGCCAUUGAGUGGUUUGAUGCUCGCACCCGAAACAGGAGAGAUCUUGAUAACAACUUAAAUUCAGACGAGACUGUCACCUACAAAAUCUGUGUCAGUCAUAGCCUGAACAGCAAUCUCACAGGAAUGGCCAUUGCUGACAUCACACUUCUAAGUGGAUUUGAGGCUGUAACUGAGGAUCUGGACAGGCUAAAAUCGCUACCUGAACAAUAUAUUUCUCAUUAUGAGGUCUCCUAUGGAAGAGUGCUGAUCUACUUCAAUGAGCUCUUUGAAUCAGAGGAAUGUAUUAGUUUUGAUGCUAUACAGAGAGUACCAAUUGGCCUCCUACAGCCUGCUCCAGCUGUGUUCUAUGAUUAUUAUGAACCAAACAGAAAGUGUACUGUGUUCUACAACGCCCCCCAAAGAAGCAAGAUGGUCUCCAAACUGUGUUCAGAGGAUGUGUGCCAAUGUGCAGAAAGACCUUGCCAUAAAAUACAAAAUACAUUCCAGUCACAAAGAGGUAAAAAAAUCACAAAGAAAGAACGUUUACAACACACUUGCUUCUUCCCUACAGUAGAUUACGCAUACAUUGUUGAAGUCCUCAACGUUUCUCUGAAGAGUAACUUUGAGUUGUACAAAACAAAUGUAAAGGAGGUACUCAGAUCACAUGGAGAUGUCCAUGUGACUGAGAAUUCAGCUCGAGUGUUUGCUAAGAGGCGUCAGUGUAAAGGACAGUUAGAUUUGGGAAAACAGUAUCUCAUCAUGGGCAAAGAUGGCUCCACCACCGACUCAAACAGAAUGAUGCAGUAUCUGUUGGAAUCAAACACCUGGGUUGAAAAAAAGCCUUUGGAAGAAGAAUGCAAAAAAUCUGCUCAUAGAGCUGCCUGCACAGGGUUUAAUAUAUUUACAAAUGAGUAUAAGAUUAAUGGCUGUAGACAGUGAAACAGAGAAUGUUUCAUUUAACUUUAAUUUUAAUUUUAUUAUAAGUCAGUUACAGUAGUUAGCUUGUUAGCGAAGUGAAAUUCUAACAUGAAUAAAGUUCUAACAAUAGGUCCCAGCAAGGUGGAAAAUUGAGGCAAAAGCUCAGAGACUUUAAAUUCUACCAAAAACUUUGACAUGGAGGUUUUGGGGUGUUUACAUUUACUAAGUAUAAAGUAAAAUAUCAAUAAUGCCAUAAAGAUCUGAUGCAUUCCCUUGCAGUUGUGGUUUAUUUCAAAUGUAAACGUAAAGUUAAUUCGUUGUCCACUCUGUGUAAUGUUGAAUUGCAACUUAUACAUACACUAAUCUGGCGGCACGGCAAGAAGGUUGUAGGCAAGAAGGUCGUGGGUUCAAACCCCGGUUGCCCCGGCCUUUCUGUGUGGAAGUUUGCAUGUUCUCCCUGUGUCAGUGGGUUCUCUCUGGCUUCCUCUCGCCAUCUAAAAACAUGCAGGCUAGGUUGAUUGGUUACCCUAAAAUUGCCCUUAGGUGUGAAUGUGAGCACGAGUGGUUGUUCAUCUAUGUGUGGCCCUGCGAUGGACUGGCGACCUGUCCAGGGUUUACCCUGCCUUGUGCCCAAUGUCACCUGGGAUUGGCUCCAGCCCCCCCGCGACCCUGUACGCGGGAUAAGUGGUUGACGAUGGAUGGAUGGACAUACACUAAUCUGCUUCAACAUAGGUUUUUUUUGUAUCUCUGUUUAUUGUACCUUACACAAAGCUGUUCAUUGGGGAAAAUAAAGUUUCUGAUCUUGUCUCUUUA